GUUAUUUAUUUUUGUUUUAACUUUAUGGUAACAUCUAAGCUAAAUAAUUAAUAAUAGGUUUGGAACUUUAUAUAUAUUAUGAGCUGUCGGUGGAGAUGUUAAGCAUCCUAUGACAAAUAUCCGUUCAAAGUACUUUUUCUAGCAACUUACCAGCCAUUCUCAUUUUCUCAUUUCUUUCACUUUCACCUUCCAACUACAUUUUCACACCAAAACUUGUUAAAGUCUUCUUCAUGCUACGUUUUGCAAGAAUCUGAAAUCAUGAAUCAUAAGCCAUGGCAUUGGAGGAAAAAAUCUAUGGAGAAGACAAUCUUUGCAGCUGACAAAGUUGUCAGUCCUUCUCAAAUUAUUGAAAAAGAGGCACACGAUCUUUCAACAGAUAAGGAAAGUGGAUCAAAAAGAUCAUCGAGAAGUCUAAACGAAAAGUUGGCAAAAGUCCUCGUUGAUUCUCCUGUUGGAGUAAAAUCUGACGAAGAUUUAGACAAAAAAGUGCAUGCUGAAAUUGUUGCUCCUUCAGAUGAAACACUGCAGGAACCUUUGCAGCCUUUAAGUUGUGUUGAAGAAGAACAAGAGCAAACACCGUGUGUCGUCAUUCCAAAUAUAUCAAAAGAGCAUGAGAAGAUUCAGAAAGAAUUAGAAGAGAAACUUACAGAAGCAAAUAAAAAGAUAGAUGAGUUAACUGCUAAGAAUACUUGUCUAUCUAAUGCUUUACUCUCCAAAGAGGAAUUGAUUGGGGACCUAUUAAGAUGUAAACAAGAAGCAGAUGAAGAGUUUAAGACUCUGAUGACAAGGUUAGAUUCCACAGAAAAGGAGAAUGCAUUACUAAGAUAUGAGUUUAACACGUUGGAGAAGGAACUUGAGAUACGGAAGGAGGAGAUGGACUAUAGCCGUCAGUAUGCAGAUGCAUCACACAAACAAUAUCUUGAGAGUUCUCAGAAAGCCUCAAAGUUAGAAGCCGAGUGUCAGAGACUCCGCCUCGUGAUUCAAAAAAGAUCUCCCGGUCUUGCUGGUUCGGUGAAUAGGAAGAAUGAAAUCGGAACAAUGAGAAAAGAGACAGGUAUGGUAAGAAAGAAGUUAAAUCCUAAUAGGGACAUGCUUUACAAAAAUAAUGAUGUUGGAAACUCUACACGAGUAUCCCAAAAGAGUAUCGGCUUGAUGAUCAAACAUAUACAGGAUAUGGAUGAAGAAAACAAGGCUCUCAAAAGAAUUUUAAACGAGAAAAACUCUGAACUAGAUUCUUCAAGAUUUAUGUAUGGUGAAACAGCAUCCAGGUUGUCACAGGCUGAGAUUCUUCUUAGAAAAUUUUCUGAAAAUUACAAGUCCAUGGAACUAGCAAGGUGUUAUCCUACAUCAAAUGAACUUCCUUCAAUGUCAAAUUUUGACAUUUCUAGUGAUGAUGAGGCUAUCUCUUCUGGAUCCUGGGCAAAUGCUCUUAUUUCGGAACUUGAAUAUUUACGAGUUUCGGAGGCUAAAAUUCAGGAGAACAAUAAAGCCAUAGAAGCUCAGGACAUGUACUCCAUGGAUGAUUUUGUUGAGAUGGAGAAAAGGGCUAUAGUUUCUGUUAAUACACCGAAAGAAGGAUACUUGUCCGAUGUAAGUGGGAGGGAGCUAGUGCCAGUUGAACAAGAUUUUGACCUCGGUGAGACAAAUAAGGAGAUCCAAUUCAAACAUACAACAAAUCAAAACCAAUUUGAUUGGCUUCAGAUUGUUUUGAAUGCCAUGUUGAAGGAAAAACGCAUAUCGAAACGAAGUCUCGAUGAACUAUUUGAUGACAUAAAAAUCGCAUUCGGGUGUAUAAAUCGCUCAAAUGCUCCUUGCAAAUCUGAGAUAACUCAAAAGUCAGUGGAUCAUGGAGAAUCUGAUUCUUUUCAUGUUAAAAGUUUCAGUGGUUUUACCGAAGCAGUCCAUAGAAUUAUCAAGCUCAUUGAAGGAAUUGCUCCGAAGUCAUUUAUCUGCAACAAUGGUCCAGAUUGCUUGGAGGAGAACCAGCAUUCAGUUUCAGACUUAUCUCCAUCACCUAAAUCCAAAGAUUACUUUGUUCAUGUUUUCCAAUGGAAGGUUUCAGACUUGAAUCCACUUCUGCAUCAACUUGUUCACACCUGCAAAAAUUUACUAACAGGAAGAGCUGAUUUUGAAAAUUUUGCUGAGGAAGUUGCAUUUGCUUUGGACUGGAGCAUUAAUAACUGCGCUAACUCCACAAAUGCGUCAAUUGCAAGGGAUAAGAUAAAGAAGCAUUUUAACAGUUUUCUGUCGGUAAAUGAAAAUGAAAAUCAAAUAGAUGUUGACGACAAACAAUCUUUCCGCACACCUUCAGAUGCACAUCCAGAUGAUAAGUCUGAUGAGAGUAAUCAGCAUGACUUCCUUGAAGAAAUUGGAAAAUUAAAAGAUGAUCUGAGGAAUACAAAAUCUGCUAAGGAAGACUUGGAAGAAAAGCUUCUGUCAGUAACUAAUGAGAGUGAGAAUUUGAAAAAACAGUGUCAUGAAGCACAAAAUAGCAUCAGAAGUUUAGAAUCGGAAAUAGAGACAUUGAAAGAAUCCAAAGCCAUUAUUGAAGAGCAGAUUGAAAAACAAAUGAUGAUAAAUGAAGAUCUUGACACACAGCUUACAAUAGCCCAGGCAAAGUUAAAUGCCAUCUUUCAAAAAAUUUCGUCGUUAGAAUUUGAAUUAGAGGAUAAAAAGAACUCGUGCGAGGAAUUAGAAGCAACAUGUCUUGAGCUUCAACUUCAGCUAGAAAGCAUUGCAAAGAAGGAAUCUCCAACAAAUGGAAGAUGUGAAGUCGAAAAGAUAUAUCGAACUGGCUGGGAGAUCACAACAGCUUCAUCAAAGUUAGCAGAGUGCCAAGAGAGUAUUGCCAACCUUGGGAAACAACUCAAAGCACUUGCUUCAUCUAAUGAAGCAGCACUUUUAGAAAAGGUUGUAUCCACGACUAGUUCUAUGGCCAUUCCAUCUCAGAAGAAGAACUUGAUCAAACGAUCCUCACUACUCAACCAUAUGCAAGCCGAGGAUGAUGUUAAAGAAGGGAUGCAUAAAUCUGUCGCAAAAGAAGAAAGCAAAAUUGCUGAAGAUGCACAACAGCCACCCCUUAUUCAAUCAGAAAAUGGAAGUGUUUUGCAAACAGAUAUGACUUCAAAGCAAAAUGAUAGGAGCAAUGCCAAAGGACAUCUAGCAAUUGUACCGAGGAGAAAACAAGGAGCCUUUGAUUUUCUGAGGAAGCUGUUUUUAAGAAGAAAGAAAGGGAGGAGUAGAGGAACAAGAUAGUAACAAAAACAUGAUUGAGAAUGGAAAUAAAGUUAAGCUCAGCAGCUAAUAUUCUUUCUAUCAUGUUUGAAUUUUAGUGCUCGACAGAUUUUGGUGUUUUUUGGGUGGCAAUGGCUUUUUUGAUUACUGCAGUUCGGAGCUGAGGCCAUCCUGUGAGAGGUUUUCUGUUGUAGAAAUUGCUGGUGUACAUAUAUCGACAUUGCUUUACUGGUAUUUCAGAUUAAACGCGCUGAUAUAUGUAAUGAGUUUGGUUUGCAAUAGUUGUUUUGUGUAAUGCUAAACAAAUAACAAGAAAAACUAACAAAAGAAAAUUAGUCUCAUUACCA